AGCUGUGUUUCAUUUAUUUUCUUCCGCUUGAAACAGGAAUUCAUUCUUUCCUAAGGACUAGAAAACAACAUUGCCUCACAUCUCAACAUGCCAUGACAACCUUACGUUUGUCUCUUUUGAUUUUAUUUGACAAGAAAUCAUGACGGGGACUAUUCUUAAACUAAACCUAACUGUUGUGGUAUUGUUUUUAAUACGGAGCACUAACGUAUUAGGUUUUUCGUCAGUGAGAGCAGAAGAGAGUGAUGUGCCCUCUGAGCUCUUGCAGUCAGAAGAUGCAGUGCCUGACUUGGAGAACAAUCCCAAGUUUAUAGAGUCUGAAGACCUGGACUCUGUUCCAAAGAGGCAGUUCAAAACGGCAGAGAUUGCAGAUGCUGUGAUGGGGACUGAAACGCCAAUCAGCCCGUCAGACAUUGAGUCACUUUUUCCCAAGAAUGUGAAGGACUUCCAGUCCGGCUUCUCUCCGCCUUGUGAUGAGAGCAGCGCCCAGUCCAUCUCACCGGCUGUGGCUGCUGAUGGGACAUCAAAGGAGGAGAAGGGACCAGAAUCAUCACAGCAGGUCAGUCUUGACAUGGUGCUUGCUGACAUCACUAUAACCAAGGAGCAGAACGUAACAGAGAACGCCAAGACUUACAAGGUAAACUGUGACAAGAGGAACCUCACAGGAAUGGACAACUUCACUGUGCACGUCCUCAACGCUUCACAGGACCUGAUGGAGUUCCUCAAUGCUAACAGUACAGAGUGUUCUGUGGUGCUGUUCUUCACGUCCUGGUGCCAGUUCUCAGCCAGCCUGGCACCUCACUUUAAUGCCCUGCCCCGUGUUUUUCCCAGCAUGCAUUUUCUGGCUUUAGAUGCCUCACAGCACAGCAGUCUCUCCACAAGGUUUGGAACUGUAGCAGUUCCAAACAUCCUGCUGUUUCAGGGAGCCAAGCCCAUGGCCCGCUUUAACCACACCGACAGAACGCUGGAGACGCUCACGUCCUUCAUCAGUAACCAGACAGGGUUUGAAGCUGACCCGAACAGAAAAGUUACAGACGAAGACCGCUUGGGCCCUCUCCCCAGCGUCCCUGUGAAGGGUAUCGACUGGCUGCUGGUCUUCUCCAUCCUUUUCAUCACCGGCUUCUCACUGUACGCCAUCCUGCGCGCAGACAACAUCCGCUGGCUAAUACCUGGACAGGAGCAUGAGCAUCAGGACUGAGAGCACACAGACUACUAACCAAGAAAGAUGUAACAGUUUUGCGUUCUUAGACGUUUGUAAUUUACUCUUGUUUAGAUGUUUGUUUGAAAUAAAACAUUUGAACAGUCUGG